GAAACGCAUGACAGUGACUGUUGUGCACCGAAUCCCGCGCUGGAUGUUUGCUGAGGAUACCUCCGGGAAUAUUGGAUGUGAACACUAGUUGCUCUUACCACCUGUUACCACUGACACUCUUCGGGAGCUGUGCUGGAUCCUGUCUGGGCCCUCAGUCUACGUCGUCUCUUCAGCGUCUGAUAUACGCCGGGAAAUGAGUUGAAUAAAGAUGUACAGAGUCUUACCGGCGUCACCCAUGAGAUCGAGGCGUCGAUCAGCUGAAGAAGCGAGUGGUGAAGCAUUUGAAGGCAGGAGAAGAUAAGAAGAUUGUUGUAAAUUGCCGAAACAGUGAAGAUAAUCCAGAAUGAGCCAUGGCACAGAUACCUUCGCCGCGCUUGCGGCACUACAGGACAAUGACGGCGAUUUGCUUCGUUUGCAACCUGCCCAUACUCUCUCAUCAAGUUGGACUCGUCUGGCAAGGUGGAAAUGGCUGGGACGAUUUGGUACGAGAACAAGUCGAGGAAUCAACCAUACGACAACGUCUCGGAGGAAGAAGAGAUUCUUCAACGCAAAUAUGCAACAUUUCGCCACCUCUAGAUCAAGAAACCUCUCCUCCCCCGACCGCAAGACGCAGAAGGAGCUCCUUGGCGCAGCUCACAGAUCUGCUCAGGGAGUGGAGUGGCACAUCUAAAAAACAGCAAAAGCAACUAUGUCGUCGAGAAACCCUUGCCGAUCUAGCAAGAUCAUUACCAUGGGGACGACAAACCACCACAGAUGGAGGUGGUCCUCCAACAUCGAUUUCAACCAGAAAACGAAGGGAAUCAAGUGCAGAUUCAGAGGUGGCGAGACUUUGGCACAGGCGGGAAUCGAACUCUACCAUAAUUAUGACUGCCAGUACAUCUCCUAGAAGAGGGAGUGGAGAAUCUAGCAGGAGCGGUAGACGAGAUUCCUCAGGACAUUCUGGUCAUUCUCGGGGAGCCUCUAGAAGAGGUUCCGGUGAAAGCAGCGGUAAAAGUGCUAGGAGAGACUCCUCGGCUAUUCCGACCCCGUCACCUCCUAAAACAAUCGGGAGCACGAAAAAGAGGAGAGAAUCAUCGAGAAAUCUGAAUGACACGCCGUAUUACAGACAAGAACAGAGACCAUCAACUUCAUCAACUGCCUCUGACUCAGCUGGACCGUUGAAUAAUGUCCCAGCAUCAUUGGUGAUAAGUGCUCCCUCGACGUCUGAUGUUGGCACACAUGCUUUACCCCCACCCACUAUAAUAACUUCGAGUGUAACUCCGCCAGCAACUUCACCAACUGUCCCAUCCCAAGUAACAGCUACAACUCCAACCCAUCCUUUACUGAGCACUAGAAGAGAUUCGACAACCCAGUGCGGAAGAUUGAACAGAAGGGAUUCUCGAACUCAUGCAAGUCCUGAAAGAGCAAGUAAACUGUCGCGACUUCAAAGACAAAACACAGCAUACGAUGAAAGCUGUCUGCCUCCAGGAGGUUGGAGUCGAAGGGGUUCACAACCAACUGCGCUUAGCCCAGAUGUGGACGAAACAGGAAGAAAGGCAAGAAGAGAUUCUUUGAGCCCUGACUCAGCUUCAAGAGGCAGAAGGGAUUCGCGAUCCCAUUUGAGUCCGGACAGAUCGGGGGAACGUGACAUAAGCCCAGUUCGUCGAUCUCGAAGGGCUCGCUUGCGAAGACAAUCAACAAGUAUCGCUAGAGGUCCAGGAGUCAAGUCACCGGACUCCUCCAGCUGUUCGAGUAGGGAUCCAAGUCCUUGUAAUAGAGCUGCUCCGCCUCCAGCCGAAAUUCACAGACCUAUGAUAAGGAGACAAUCAACCACGGAAGAAAUUCUUAUUGCUAGAGGCUUCAGAAGACAAUCAACUACAGAGGAGAUGAUAAGGUGCCGAAAUUUCAGGAGGCAAAGUUCGCAAAGUGACGACUGCCAGAGGUACAGGGGGAGGAGGGAUUCCUGUGCUCAAAUACUCGAUGGCACUAUUGCUUCCAUGACCGUUGAGACUUCCAGUACCUUUUUUGAUUCCAGUACGCAAACAGAGCCUUCACCUUUAUAUGACAAUAACCACUACCACGAGGAAUGUCUUCGAUGCAACUCUUGUGGACUGAACUUAACAGGGCCGAACCAAAAGCGUGCAAGACGCUUCAAGAACAUAAUCCUAUGCGACCUGCACUUUGCUGAUGUUGCUCUGAUGGAGUGCUCUGAUUUCAUGCAACAGUUGCGUUCUUUCAAACCACAAUCUCUGGGUUGCGCGGUUGCUAGGAGGAAGAGCUCUACAACCCUCAUUUUUCCGUUACCACCACAAGCAUGCUCAGAUGAAUUCUGCGAAGAGUUCCCGCACAACUUCAUCCCGACACCAGGCUACUGGAUCGAAUGUUCCAGGCAGAAAAUCAACACAGAUACAAUUUGGGACGAAUCCGAAUCCGACCAUGAUAUCCGGGAAAGCGAGGAGCUCAAUAAUAUCGACGGGCUUGACCAGGAGAACGGUCAUCCCUGUAUCAGGAGGAGGGAUAGAAGUUGCAGUGAUUUGUAUGAGGAUGAUGAGGAAGAUGAUAUGUCGCCACCAAGAAAAAAGACCGUUAUUGAAGAGCAAUGGGAGAAAAAUCAAGGAUUCGAGCUCACUAGCGUAGAACAAGAAACGUACGAGAAGUAUUUUUAUGGAACGGAGCACUGGAAUUAUUUCACAAAUGACGAAGAUCUAGGUCCUGUGGUUCUGUCCAUAAAACAGGAAACUCUGAAUUCACGAGAUCAAUUCAGGAUAUUAGUGAGAGCUAUUAGUUACACCGUACAUGGAUUAAUACCAGCGAGCUGCGUUUUUGCAGAUCGAUAUAACAGGGAAGAAGUAGUACGGUCAUUAGGCAAAGAAGUUAACAUCAAUCCACCUUUAACUUUGGGACAGCUUCCUGAUACUCCUGAAGAAUUACUCAAGCUAGAUCAGGUGUUCAUAAAAUCUGAACUGAAGGUCGGUGUCAUAUAUAUUACUGAAGGUCAAUACGCUGAAGAAGAGAUAUUAGACAAUAAUGAUAACUCACCCCUCUUCGAAGAAUUUCUCCAGAUUCUGGGUGAAAAAGUUAGAUUGAAAGGAUUCGACAAGUACAAAGGUGGUCUGGAUACUGUGCACGACCUGACAGGUCUUUACUCAGUGUACACUAACUGGCGAAAUAUCGAAAUAAUGUUUCACGUAUCUACCCUUCUUCCAUACGAAAGACAUGAUCCACAAAAACUGCAGCGAAAAAGACAUAUUGGAAAUGAUAUUGUGUGUGUGGUUUUUCUCGAAGCGGACAAUACAUCAUUCUCGCCAGCCUGCAUCAAAAGUCACUUCCUACACACAUUCAUAUUGGUGAGGACGUCUCCUAGGAUAAAGAGAAAACCAACCAGAUACGAGGUGUCGGUGGUAACCAGGGACGAAGUUGGAGCCUACAAACCCUACCUUUGGGAGCAGAGCGUCUUCGACAAAGGACCAAUGUUCAGGGAAUGGCUCCUCACAAAAAUCGUCAACGGAGAGAGAGCGAGCUACUCAGCACCAAAGUUUGCCCGGAUGCAGGAGAGAACUAGGUCACAGAUGCUGGAAGAUAUCGUUGCCAAUUUGCAGAAUCACGCGGAAACAGGACAAAUACCAAAGCCGUAUAGGAGAGGUUCAUGGCGACCGAUUGGUCACAUGAGACCUUCCUCGCCAUUGCUGGACAGCGUUCGUGAUCAGUUCGAGGACCACGACCAAAUUGCCAAAGACUUCACGAGGAUGUUUUUGAACACCGAGGAGAACAUCCAGGUUAACGGACAACUCUUCGAUGUGAUCUUCAUGGUGGGACAGUCGAAACAGAAAACAAGACUGAUAGGAGUUCGGGCCAUUUUGGGCGUGAGGAGUAGGGUAUUUCAGGAAAUGUUGUAUGGUAUACAGACAGGAUUCGGUUCGCCACAAGUGCCAGUAGCCGAGCUCUUAGCUAGGCCCGUACCUACACUGAUUAGUCCCCAACAGAGUAGGCCGAAAAGUUCGAAUUUUCUGCAGGUUCCAGAUAUCGAAUCUCCUAGACCUAAAAGUGUUCCAAGCUCGCCGAUGGUGAAAAGAGCUUUUUCAAGGCUAGGUACCAUCACUGCCGGCUGGGGUAGAAGUAUCAGAAAGCACAAUACCGCUCAACUAUCUGCCGAGGAUAAAAAGAAAUGGGCUAGCAGUCAAGAUUGCUCAAACAAGGAUGGAAAGGAUAAGGAGGGAAAAGAAAAACCGCAAGUUUCGCAGCUUCCAGUACCAAGACUGAGUGUUUGCGCAGACGCACAAAAAGUUGACAGGGCCAAACUGGCCCAGACUGAAUUUUCGAUAAUUGAAUUUGACGCCGACACAUUUCGGAUCCUUUUGGAUUACCUGCACACGGGCUCUUGCCCGCUCACGUGUUCUACAAUCCCAGGUCUGAUUUGCGCAGCUGAACACUACGAUCUACCCGAGUUGCUACAAGCAUGUUUCCAUCAUGCCAAACAAUUCUUGAGGAUAGAAGUGGUCUGCUGUAUGCUGUGUUCUUUAGAAAAUUAUUACUGGAGGUACACUUCUGCCUCAGAACUAGUCAACAUGAUUUUAGCCUUCGUUGAAACCCGAGCAUAUGCCUUAUUUCAAACUAAAGACUUCCUCAAUUUGAGUGAAUCCAUGGUUCAAAUGAUAAUGUGCAGGAAUUUGGAAAUUGCUGAGAUUAGAAAAUUCGAAGCGAUGUUAGAAUGGACGAAACAUAAGAUAAGAACAAAGACUUCAAGUAAACUAGAUGCCAAAUUGGAAUUCAAAUGUAUAAUGGAAAGACUGGCUAGAGAUUUGAAAUUGUAUAGAAUAUCACCCCAAGAACUCAUCAAGGUUGUUCUACCCUCGAAAGCCAUAAAGAAUGAACGCAUCCUAGAAACUCUGAUGUUCCAAGCCAAUUCGGGCAUGUACCGAAUUCAGGAUUCGUAUCUCCAAGAGUGCACACAGAAACUCCAGAAGCAAGACUCGAGAUUUUCAGAAUGGGAAUCUUUCGAUUACAACAUCUGAACGAUUCUAACUGAGUGGUCAGCCCACUUGGAGGAACUACGUGAUUGGAGGACAAUCUGUUGUCGACAUGAAAGAAUCCACUAGCUGAAUGCAAAUGUACGGAUGUUGUAAGAUCAGCAUAUGGUAUUGAAAAAACAAUAAGAUGUUAGGUACUUGGGAACAAUAUUUUCAUAUUUCUCAUUUUUUAUUGCGACAAUCCGUCAGCAUGUAUGUUUCUGAUGCUCGAGUUGUUCAAGGUUCUAUGGAUAGAUUGCAUUUUAUAAUACGAUGAUCGUGACUGUUUUUUCUUUCCAAUUUAUCCACGCCAUCAAUAUUCAUAUUGCAAAAUACUCCAAGUUUACGUUAUCGAUGGAAAUAUUGAUUUUUGUUGGUGAUUGGAAUGGCCAUUCAGUUGCUUUUAAUUCACUCAAUUCCUCAGAAAAAAGUACUGAA